AUGGGCCGCCGGGGGACGGCAGCUAGGCCAACUGCUGCUGCUGACACGGCCGGCCGGGUUUUCAAAUCGUUUCCAGGCCCUGUUUUCCUACAAGGCAGCCAAUGGCCGGGGCAGCCCGACAGUCACCUGAUGCCAGCCUGCUGGGCUGAGGGCCCAGGCCCUGCAACAGGGAGCAGCUGUGGCCAUGGAAACACCCACUGUGGCCCUAAAACAGAAGGAGAGCGAGCACGGGCGAGGCUCCUGGCCACCAGCAGCGAUGAUGACCUUCCCGGGGACCUGCAGUCGCUGUCGUGGCUCACAGCAGUGGAUGUGCCGCGGCUGCAGCAGAUGGCGAGUGGCCGUGUGGACCUGGGUGGCCCCAGUGCACCGCACCCACACCCAGGUGCCUUGGCCAGGGCAGCUGACCUGCACGUGGGAGCCACCCCAGGUGCCCUGCUCCACGGCCCGGCUGGCAUGGUCCCCCCAGUCAUGCUAGGUCUGGGCCCCAUCGCCAACCACGGAACCAGGAUGAACCAGAUCCCUGUGGGGGGCCAGCCCUCAUCCGGCCUGCAGGACGCCCCACAGCUCUACUCACCUGCCUCCCAAACACAGUUACCGCCCCCCCCAGGCACCCAGCAGUGCCCUCCCAUGGGCCUGUACAGCUCCCCGUUUGGAGCACGGCCUCCCUACCCCCAGCCCCGCAUGGCUGUCCAUUCAUCUCAGGAACUGCACCCCAAACACUACCCCAAGCCCAUCUACUCAUACAGUUGUCUGAUCGCCAUGGCCCUGAAGAACAGCAAGACAGGCAGCCUGCCUGUGAGUGAGAUCUACAGCUUCAUGAAGGAGCACUUCCCCUACUUCAAGACGGCUCCCGAUGGCUGGAAGAACUCAGUGCGACACAACCUGUCCCUGAACAAGUGUUUCGAGAAGGUGGAGAACAAGAUGAGCGGCUCCUCCCGCAAGGGCUGCCUGUGGGCCCUGAACCUGGCCCGCAUCGACAAGAUGGAGGAGGAGAUGUACAAGUGGAAGAGAAAGGACCUUGCCGCCAUCCACCGGAGCAUGGCCAACCCUGAGGAGCUGGACAAGCUGAUCUCGGACCGACCAGAAAGCUGCAGGAGGCCUGGGAACUCCGAGACCACCGUGCUGACUCAUGCUGCCACAGUGGCCAUGGCGCAUGGCUGCCUGGCUGUCUCCCAGCUCCCACCCCAGCCCCUGAUGACCCUGUCCUUGCAGUCAGUCCCCCUGCACCACCAGGUCCAGCCCCAGGCACAUCUGGCCCCAGACUCUCCCGCCCCGGCCCAGACCCCACCCCUGCACGCCCUGCCGGAGCUGAGCCCUAGCCCCCUGCCCCACCCUGCCCUGGGAAGGGCCCCCGUGGACUUCAUCAACAUCAGCACCGACAUGAGCACCGAGGUGGACGCCCUGGACCCCAGCAUCAUGGACUUUGCCCUGCAGGGGAACCUCUGGGAGGAGAUGAAGGAUGGGGGCUUCAGCCUGGACACCCUGGGGACCUUCGGAGACUCGCCCCUUGGCUGUGAGCUGGGGGCCUCGGGCCUGACCCCCAUCUCCGGCAGCAGCGACCAGUCCUUCCCAGACUUGCAGGUGACAGGUCUCUAUGCCACGUACUCGACCCCAGACAGUGUGGCCGCGGCAGCCACCACCUCCUCCUCCCAGUACCUGGGCGCCCCGGGGAACAAGCCCAUAGCCCUGCUUUGAGGUGCCGGCCUCACCUGCCCCCCAGCCCCUGGGCCCGGCAGAGAGCUCCUGGAGCCUGGUGUACCUGGAAGCAAGGCCUCUUACACCCUGUUGGCGCCCCUGGCCCCCUCACACCUCCACAGGAGGUCUUUUGGGGCCUCCCCAAGUCAGAAGGACAGAGGAGAGUGGACAGGCGCGCCAGCUUCCCCCGACCCCAAUGCUCCUCCCAGAGAGUGACAUCUGAGAACAAGAUUUCUCCGGCCUGCAUCCCCGCCAGGCUCCUGAAAUGACCUGCAACCCCCUUUGAGAUGGGACGCGUUGGUGCACCAUGGAAACUCCUCCAGUGGGGAGGCUCUUGAAUUUAUUCCUCUGGGACUGAGCAUCCACCUCAGCCCCCAGAGCCCAGGCCCCGAGGCCUGGAGCAGAACUGGCCGAGUGGCCAGCUUCCCUUGGCCUGGCCUGGGCUGAACUCCGAGGCGGGCGCCCGCCCCCGACCCUCCAGGCCCGCUCCUCCUGCAGGGAGAGAUCCCUGUGCCAUGCCGGGCCCUGGGCCCCCGUGUGCAUUUAUUUAUAUUUAUUGGAGCCCCUCUGCACCAUCUCUUCGAAACUGGCCCGCGGCCUCUGGAAUGAGAGUCCCCGGUCCCUGCCUGCAUCCUGGUAGCCCUAACUCCCAAAUUUCUCCAGGACAUCAUGACUCCAACUGGCUCUUAAGCCCUUUUGCAGCCUUGGGCUGCUUUUUAGAACAGAAAGCACUUUGGAUACUAUGGAACAUCCUCUUUUUCUAAAUUGGAGACCAGAGACGUUUCUAGCCGCUGGGUCAUGACUUGGAUCUCUUCCCACACGCACCUGGGAGGAGAGGUGCCCUACAUCGCUCCGGGCUCGGGGGCUUUCUAAGGGCAGAUCGGGAUGGGAACGGGAAGAAUGGCGGGGGCCAUUUGUGCUGAAAUUUAAGAUACUUGUGAUGGAAAAAGCAAACGGAACCAUGUAAAGCUUGCCCCACGCGGUGAGGGAGGGCUGACAAAGCUGCAAUGCAGAGUAUUUAUUGGCACUUGGUUGCCUAUUCAUUGCCCUAUGGCCAUUUUUAUGUAUUUUUCUUUUUUUUCUCUCGUUACCAAUUACUGAUUUUGCAAGUGGCGGAUUCUGCAGACAGCGGGUUGGAGGAGGGACAGGAGCCUGGGUCAGCGGGGACAAGAGAAGGUAACUCGGGACCUUCCAGCCCAGUCGAUGCCGAGAAACUGCAGUGGUGGAUCAGACCACUGUCCUCUCUUGACCAACCAGGCAUUUGGCUCCUGUGUCUGGGCAUUCCCAAACCCAAGGGCCAGAACUUUCCUCAGCCAGCCGCCUGGAGGGCUCAAGGUUGGGGCUUGUCUCAAAGGACCAUCUUUAUUUAAGUACUUGCUACUUAAUUCUGGAACUUUCUGCCGAGCAGCCAUCAUCUUUAGACACAGCCUGGUGUUGCCCAUCUGAGCAGGACCGCUCAGCGGCUUUGUGUGAUGUGAACCCCCCGACAAGUUAAGAUGUUUGAGUUGUUGUUAAUGAAGACCCCACAUUCGGGUGACGCCAAGACUCUGUGAGAGUAGUGUUGAAUAACUGUUUUUUGUCAAUAAAGGCUGAAUGGCAG